GACCUUCAGGACCUCUUGGUGACUGUCUUGACUUUGUGAAUGAGGAUGCCUACUAUGAUGCUUGCAUCUAUGACCUCUGCUAUACUGAUCCUGGUAAUGACAUCAUUUGCGGAGCCUUGCAGGAGUACGUCCAGCAGUGCAGGGAAGCUAACGGCAUCAUCGGAAAUUGGAGAGAAGGGGUCCUACAGUGUCCUUUUGAGUGUCCCAGCGACAAGACCUACCAGUCAUGUGGGAGCGCCUGCCAGCCGAGCUGUGCCGAGCCUGAGGCUGACCUGAACUGCACCCUACCCUGCCAUGAGACCUGCAGCUGCCCUGAGGGACAGCUGGAUGAUGGUGGGCGAUGUGUGGAACCAGAGAACUGUGGAUGUACUCUUCCAGAUGGGAGCUACAUAUCGGCUGGGAUGAUGUGGAUCAACGAUGACUGCUCUCAAUCGUGUAGCUGCGCAGGAGGUGUGGCCGAGUGUGUACCUUAUGGGUGCAGGGAUUAUCAGGAGUGUCGACUCAAAGGCAAUGUCAGGGAUUGCUACUGCAUUGACAAGUUUACUUAUGAUGGUGAACAGUGUGUCAGAGCUCCUGGAGUAUGCACUGUUUGGGGUGACCCUCACUACGUCACCUUUGACAACGUUAACUACAACUUCCAAGGAGACUGUGAGUACACCCUGGUAAGACCAUGCACUGAUCGUACGGACCUCGUCGACUUUCACCUCUGGGGUGACAACGUGAAGAACAAGCCCUCCGAGGGGGUUUCCUACUUGCGGAAGAUUGUGCUUGAGGUGAACGGCACCAGCAUUGCCAUCACGAGGAACCGUGAGAUCCUAGUGAAUGGAGCCAGGAGGAUAGCGCCCAUCAGGAUGAACAAUGGCAUCAUGAUACGUUCGGAUAGCUCCUAUUCGACCAUUGAGACUAAUUUUGGACUGAAUGUGCGGUAUGAUGGUUCCGAAACUGCUAAUAUUGAGGUAUCCUACAACUACUGGAAUGCUACUUGUGGACUCUGUGGAACCUUUGAUGAUGACAAGACCAAUGAGUUCAGAUUACAAGAUGGCAGUCUGACACCAUAUGAAAAUGUGUUUGGCAAUAACUGGGUCCUUGAUGCAUACGAGUGCGAAACCGGUAUAGAAAGACCAGUUGACAGAUGUGAGGAAGACUCUGCUAUCAAAACGUUGGUGGAAGAUAUCUGCUACGUCUUUAUCAAUCCUGAAGGACCUCUUGGUGACUGUCUUGAAUUUGUGAAUGAGGAUGCCUACUAUGAUGCUUGUAUCUAUGACCUCUGCUACACUGAUCCUGGUAAUGACAUAAUUUGCGGAGCCUUGCAGGAGUACGUCCAACAGUGCAGGGAAGCUAACGGCAUCAUCGGAAAUUGGAGAGAAGGGGUCCUACAGUGUCCUUUUGAGUGUCCCAGCGACAAGACCUACCAACCAUGUGGGAGCGCCUGCCAGCCGAGCUGUGCCGAGCCUGAGGCUGAACUGAACUGCACCCUGCCCUGCCAUGAGACCUGCAGCUGCCCUGAGGGACAGCUGGAUGAUGGUGGGCAAUGUGUGGAACCAGAGAACUGUGGAUGCACUCUCCCAGAUGGGAGCUACAUAUCGGCUGGGAUGAUGUGGAUCAACGAUGACUGCUCUCAAUCGUGUCGCUGCACAGGGGGUGUGGCCGAGUGUGUAGCUUAUGGAUGCAGGGAAUAUCAGGAGUGUCGACUCAAAGGCAAUGUCAGGGAUUGCUACUGCCUUGACAAGUUUACUUAUGAUGGCGAACAGUGUGUCAGAGAGCCUGGCACGUGCACAAUUUGGGGAGAUCCCCAUUACAUCACCUUUGACAAUGUCAAGUACGACUUCCAGGGUGACUGUGAGUAUACCCUAGUCAGGCCGUGCUCCAACCAGCCUGGAAUGGUCGAUUUUCACAUCUGGGGGGACAAUGUCAAGGAUGUCCCCUCCAGCACGGUGUCCCUCAUGAGGCAUAUUAGCCUGGAGGUCAAUGGAACUGUCUACUCGGUAUCCAGGGGCAACAUCAUCUAUCGGAAUGGGGAGCGCAGGAACUCGCCCGUGAUAGACUCCAAUGGUGUGCUUAUUAGGUCGGGUGUCAAAUAUACUACGAUUCAGACCUACUUUGGGGUAAGCAUUCGCUAUGAUGGCGAAGACACUGCCCACAUACAGGUGCCUUUUGAGUACUGGAAUGCCACGUGUGGUCUGUGUGGAACCUUUGAUGACGAUAGAGACAAUGAUUUCAGACUUCCUGACGGCACUAAAACCGAGUAUGUGAAUGUGUUUGGGAACAGCUGGGUGCAGAAUGCGGGUGAAUGUGACACCACAAUCACCGAUCCUAUUGAUCAAUGUGAGGAUGAUGAGGAGCUCGACCAAGAAAUCAGAGAUAUUUGCUACAUUUUCAUUGAUCCGGAUGGUCCUCUUGGGAACUGCUUUGACUAUGUUGAUCCCAAGGAUUACUACGAGGCCUGCAUCUAUGACCUGUGCCACACUGAUCCUGGCAGUGACAUCAUCUGUCCUGCACUCCAGGAGUAUGCCCAACAGUGCAGGGAAGCUAAUGGUCUCGUAGGACUCUGGAGAGCUGCAAGGCCUCAGUGUGCUUUUGAGUGCCCAAGUGAUAGACUCUACGAGCUGUGUGGGAGUGCCUGUCACCCAAGCUGUGCGGAGCCUGAGGCUGCUAUCAGCUGUAGUCUGCCAUGCCAAGAGACUUGUACCUGUCGUGAUGGAAAGCUGGAUGAUCGAGGACAAUGUGUGGAACCAUCGGAAUGUGGAUGCUUGGUUGCUGAUGGAGUCUACAUCUCACCUACAGAUACUUGGACAAGUCCUGACUGCAGCCAGCGAUGCACCUGCUUUAAUGGAGAGGCUCAGUGUGAAGCCUACGGAUGUGGGGAGAAUGAAGAAUGUGAUCUCAGGAACGGUGUGCAAGAUUGUUACUGCCUUGAUGGAUUCCUCCCACUCGGAGAGAGAUGUGUUAGGGCUCCCGGUUUCUGCCAGAUCUGGGGUGACCCUCAUUAUGUGACCUUUGACGAUAAGAAAUAUAACUUCCAGGGUGAUUGUGACUACACACUGGUCAGAGAUUGCCAGAAUUCCAGUGAAUAUCACCUGUGGUCCAACAAUGAACGGCUGCGCCCAUCAGAUAGGGUUUCCUACCUUAGAGAGGUUAUUCUGGAAUUGAAAGGCAACAUAUACUCCCUUAUCAAGGGCUUCCAUGUCAGAGUUAAUGGCAUUGAUGUAUCUGAGAACCUGCCCUACAUGGAUAGUGAAGUGUGGAUCUACAGGGAUGUAACCUCAAUGAAUCUGGUAACAGAUUUCUUAUGGGUUAGCUAUGAUGGACAGGACAGUGCUAAUGUGUACCUCGGCUACAAUGCAGGAAGAACUUGUGGCCUGUGUGGAUCCUUUGAUGGAGACCGGACCAAUGACCUCAUGCUGCCUUCAGGAGAAAUGGCAAGAUCAGUAACUGAGUUUGGAAACAGCUGGGUUGUGAAUCCCGACCAAUGUGAUGAUGUGGAUCCAGGUCCAACUGAUCCUUGUGACAAUGGAGUGACCAGCCUGGAGGAUGCUGUUGAUCUUUGCUACUACCUUAAGGAUCCUCUUGGACCCUUUGCAUCCUGCCACAGUUAUGUUGACCCUGAUGACCACUAUGAUUCAUGUCUGUAUGAUGUAUGUGAGAUGGAUGAUGAUGCCCUGUGUGCGAGUCUAGAACAGUACGCCCAGGCCUGCAAAAGCAAGGGAGGGAACCCUGGAACCUGGAGAGUGCAUGUACCGGAAUGCCCAUUGGACUGUCCUUCCAACACUGUGUACGACCCCUGCUUCAGUGGCUGUCCAGCAACCUGUUCCUCUGCUACGAGCACAUUGUCCUGCAAUACCACUUGCCAGGAAACAUGUAGAUGUGCAGAUGGUCUUGUACUGGAUGGUGGGCACUGUGUGGAUCCAUCACAGUGUGGUUGCACUCUGGAUAGUGGUGUUUAUAUUCCGUCUGGAGGAGCAUGGACUGACCCAGGCUGCACACAACACUGCCUUUGUCGAGGUGGGCUUGCAGAGUGUUCCGAAUUCCAGUGUGGAGAGAACGAAGAAUGCGAAAUCAGGAACGGUUUUCCAAGCUGUUACUGCAGAGAUGGCUACACCUCUCUCGGAGAUGCCUGCUUCAGAGCUCCUGGGUAUUGCCAGAUCUGGGGUGACCCCCAUUAUGUGACCUUUGACGAUAAGAAAUAUAACUUCCAGGGUGAUUGUGACUACACGCUGGUCAGAGAUUGCCAGAAUUCCAGUGACUACCACCUGUGGUCCAACAAUGAACGGCUGCGCCCAUCUGACAGUGUUUCUUACCUGAGGGAAGUGGUACUUGACCUGAGCGAUAGAAGAUACGCUCUGAUCAAGGGCUUCCAUGUCAGAGUGAAUGGAAGAGAUGUAUCUGAAAACCUGCCUUACAUGGAUGAGCAAGUGUGGAUCUACAGGGAUGUGACAUCCAUGAAUCUGGUAACAGAUUUCUUAUGGGUUAGCUACGAUGGAAUGGACAGUGCUGAUGUGUACCUCAGUUACUUUGCAGGAAGAACUUGUGGCCUGUGUGGAUCCUUUGAUGGAGACCAGAACAAUGAUAUGAUACUUCCUUCAGGAGAAUUGGCAAGAUCAGCAACUGAGUUUGGAAACAGCUGGGUUGCGUACCCUGACCAAUGUGAUGGUGUGGAUCCAGGUCCAACUGACCCUUGUGAGGAUGGAGUGAACAGCUUGUCUGCAUCCAACGAUCUGUGCUAUUAUUUGAAGGAUCCUUCCGGACCAUUUGAAUCCUGCCUUGAGAUCGUGGAUCCAGACGACUACUAUGAUUCGUGCGUCUAUGACGUGUGUCUUACCGGUGAUGAUGCUCUGUGUUCCAGUCUUGCACAAUAUGCUCGUGCCUGCAGGAGCAAGGGAGGGAAACCUGGCAGAUGGAGAUUGCUUGUGGAAGAAUGCCCACUGAACUGUCCUUCCAACACUGUGUACGACCCCUGCUUCAGUGGCUGUCCAGCAACCUGUUCCUCUGCUGCGAGCACAUUGUCCUGCAAUACCACUUGCCAGGAAACGUGUAGAUGUGCAGAUGGUCUUGUACUGGAUGGUGGGCACUGUGUGGAUCCAUCACAGUGUGGUUGCACUCUGGAUAGUGGUGUUUAUAUUCCGUCUGGAGGAGCAUGGACUGACCCAGGCUGCACACAACACUGCCUUUGUCGAGGUGGGCUUGCAGAGUGUUCCGAAUUCCAGUGUGGAGAGAACGAAGAAUGCGAAAUCAGGAACGGUUUUCCAAGCUGUUACUGCAGAGAUGGCUACACCUCUCUCGGAGAUGCCUGCUUCAGAGCUCCUGGGUAUUGCCAGAUCUGGGGUGACCCCCAUUAUGUGACCUUUGACGAUAAGAAAUAUAACUUCCAGGGUGAUUGUGACUACACGCUGGUCAGAGAUUGCCAGAAUUCCAGUGACUACCACCUGUGGUCCAACAAUGAACGGCUGCGCCCAUCUGACAGUGUUUCUUACCUGAGGGAAGUGGUACUUGACCUGAGCGAUAGAAGAUACGCUCUGAUCAAGGGCUUCCAUGUCAGAGUGAAUGGAAGAGAUGUCUCUGAAAACCUGCCUUACAUGGAUGAGCAAGUGUGGAUCUACAGGGAUGUGACAUCCAUGAAUCUGGUAACAGAUUUCUUAUGGGUUAGCUACGAUGGAAUGGACAGUGCUGAUGUGUACCUCAGUUACUUUGCAGGAAGAACUUGUGGCCUGUGUGGAUCCUUUGAUGGAGACCAGAACAAUGAUAUGAUACUUCCUUCAGGAGAAUUGGCAAGAUCAGCAACUGAGUUUGGAAACAGCUGGGUUGCGUACCCUGACCAAUGUGAUGGUGUGGAUCCAGGUCCAACUGACCCUUGUGAGGAUGGAGUGAACAGCUUGUCUGCAUCCAACGAUCUGUGCUUUUAUUUGAAGGAUCCUUCCGGACCAUUUGAAUCCUGCCUUGAGAUCGUGGAUCCAGACGACUACUAUGAUUCGUGCGUCUAUGACGUGUGUCUUACCGGUGAUGAUGCUCUGUGUUCCAGUCUUGCACAAUACGCUCGUGCCUGCAGGAGCAAGGGAGGGAAACCUGGCAGAUGGAGAUUGCUUGUGGAAGAAUGCCCACUGAACUGUCCUUCCAACACUGUGUACGACCCCUGCUUCAGUGGCUGUCCAGCAACCUGUUCCUCUGCUGCGAGCACAUUGUCCUGCAAUACCACUUGCCAGGAAACGUGUAGAUGUGCAGAUGGUCUUGUACUGGAUGGUGGGCACUGUGUGGAUCCAUCACAGUGUGGUUGCACUCUGGAUAGUGGUGUUUAUAUUCCGUCUGGAGGAGCAUGGACUGACCCAGGCUGCACACAACACUGCCUUUGUCGAGGUGGGCUUGCAGAGUGUUCCGAAUUCCAGUGUGGAGAGAACGAAGAAUGCGAAAUCAGGAACGGUUUUCCAAGCUGUUACUGCAGAGAUGGCUACACCUCUCUCGGAGAUGCCUGCUUCAGAGCUCCUGGGUAUUGCCAGAUCUGGGGUGACCCCCAUUAUGUGACCUUUGACGAUAAGAAAUAUAACUUCCAGGGUGAUUGUGACUACACGCUGGUCAGAGAUUGCCAGAAUUCCAGUGACUACCACCUGUGGUCCAACAAUGAACGGCUGCGCCCAUCUGACAGUGUUUCUUACCUGAGGGAAGUGGUACUUGACCUGAGCGAUAGAAGAUACGCUCUGAUCAAGGGCUUCCAUGUCAGAGUGAAUGGAAGAGAUGUCUCUGAAAACCUGCCUUACAUGGAUGAGCAAGUGUGGAUCUACAGGGAUGUGACAUCCAUGAAUCUGGUAACAGAUUUCUUAUGGGUUAGCUACGAUGGAAUGGACAGUGCUGAUGUGUACCUCAGUUACUUUGCAGGAAGAACUUGUGGCCUGUGUGGAUCCUUUGAUGGAGACCAGAACAAUGAUAUGAUACUUCCUUCAGGAGAAUUGGCAAGAUCAGCAACUGAGUUUGGAAACAGCUGGGUUGCGUACCCUGACCAAUGUGAUGGUGUGGAUCCAGGUCCAACUGACCCUUGUGAGGAUGGAGUGAACAGCUUGUCUGCAUCCAACGAUCUGUGCUAUUAUUUGAAGGAUCCUUCCGGACCAUUUGAAUCCUGCCUUGAGAUCGUGGAUCCAGACGACUACUAUGAUUCGUGCGUCUAUGACGUGUGUCUACCGGUGAUGAUGCUCUGUGUUCCAGUCUUGCACAAUACGCUCGUGCCUGCAGGAGCAAGGGAGGGAAACCUGGCAGAUGGAGAUUGCUUGUGGAAGAAUGCCCACUGAACUGUCCUUCCAACACUGUGUACGACCCCUGCUUCAGUGGCUGUCCAGCAACCUGUUCCUCUGCUGCGAGCACAUUGUCCUGCAAUACCACUUGCCAGGAAACGUGUAG